UCUGUCGCAAGACAGGAGAUUCCAAGUAAACAUUAGGAAGAACUUCAUGAGGGCAAGAGCUGGUUGACAGUGGAACAGACUCCCCCAAAAGUGGGUUGCCUCUUCUUCAUUGGAUGUUUUUAAACAGACGCCAGAGACUCAUCUGUGAGAAGUAAUUUUGCUCUGAUUCCUGCAUUGCUAGACUAGAUGACUCUUGGAGUUCUUUCCAAUCUUACAUUUCUAUUAUUCUAUAAGCGCUGAUGGACUACAGCUCCCAUCAUCCCUGGGCCAUUGGGGCUGAUGGGAGUCGUAAUUCAGCAGCCUCCAGAGGAGCAAAGGUUAAAGAGGGGAAAGUGCCGCCCAGACCUUGUGGCUGAACAAGGCAGAGUAGAAAAACAGGAGACGCUGGGAGGGAGAGGGAAUAUCUAAUAUACAGGAUAAUCAGUGCUUUUAUUCUGGAAGAAAAUGGUGCUGGUACUCACAGUUAGUGCCAGAUUUUUAACCAGUACUUUUCUUAUAGGGAAAAAGGUGCCUGUGCUACAUGCCUUUGUAUACCCCCAGGGAAAAAAGCUCUGAGGAUCAUCAUCCGCCUUUGGGCCUCUGGAAGCAGAAGGGUUAACCCACUUGCAGGAGCAACACCCAUCACCCCUGCUUUCCUGCCCGCCCCCCCAGCAACCCUCAGACAAAUAAAUUAUUUGCUUAAGUAACCAAGCACCAGUUAGCUCCAGAACAAGCUGGCCAGACUCUCAGCAAGUUCUAGUGAGGUGUUUGCCUGAGGCCCCAGCAGCCCAGAGGCGAUGGUUUUUUGGGCUGUGGGCUGCAUCCUUCUGGCCCUCCUCACCUGGUGGUUCUGGCACAGCCAGGCUCCUCCCGGCAGAUCCUCCGAUGGCAAGAGGCAGCCGCGAAGACGGGGACCUGCAGAGGAGGAGCACAAGGCUGCUGGGGUCCCUUUGGGAGAAGAACGGGGGUCUCCUGUAGGGGGCUGCCGCCUCAUCUGCAAGCCCUCUGCCCUGGCUCAGGCCUUGGUCAAGAGCUUCUGCCGCUCUGCCCACCUGGAGACCAAGGGGUGGUCCUGGAAGCGGUGGCCAAACCUGCAGACUGCUGUGCAGCUCCUGUGGCCCCCGGAUCGCCCACUGGAGUUUUCGAGGGACCACCUCCAACUGGCGGACGAGGGCAUCGUUGCGUUGGAUUGGGUGUCCGGACCCGUGGACGGAGGCACGAAAGCCACUGACGCAGCGGUUCUCCUGGUGGUGCCCAACGCCACUGGCACGAUCAGCAGGAAUGUCCAGCAUCUGUGCCGACUGGCCCUCCGGCAAGGCUACCAUCCGGUCAUCUUCAACCGGCGUGGGCACAACGGCUGCCCACUGACCACGCCCAGGCUGCAGCCCUUUGGCGACCCAGGCGACCUGAAAGAGGCAGUGGCAUACAUCCGGUUCCGGCACCCCACCAGGACCCUGUUUGCCGCGAGCGAAGGGUCAGGAUCAGGCCUGCUGCUCUCUUACCUGGGCGAAUGCGGCUCGUCCAGCUACCUGUGUGGCGCUGCCUGCAUCUCGCCCAUUCUGAAGGCCCAGGACUGGUUUGAGGCUGGCCUCCCUUGGCUGCAUGAAUGGAGUCUCCUCCUGCCCCAGAAGAGGAACGUCAGCAGGUACACCGAGGCCCUGGAGAAGGUGGUUGAGAUGGACAGGGUCCUUGGGAGCAGCUCCUUGCGAGCUUUUGAAGCUGCCCUCUUCUGCCCACAGCAGAGGCAGAAGAUGAGCUGGGAGACCUACUGGGCCAGCAACGAUCCCCUGCGGGACGUUGACGAGGUGGCCGUGCCCGUCCUGUGCCUCUGCAGCGCCGAUGACCCCGUCCGGGGGGCUCCCGAGGACACGAUCCCGUGGGAGCUCUUCCAAAGCAACCCUUUCUUCUUCCUGCUGCUGAGUCCGCACGGAGGACACUGCGGAUUCCUCGGGAAAGAUCCCAAAGGCUCCUGGGGUAACGCAGUGGUGCUGGAGUACCUGCAGACCUUGGCGGAGUUUCUCCGAGGGGAAGAGAGGGUGAAGGACAAGCCCCGCCGAAGGACAGCCACCGCUCAGCACCGCUGCUGCCGGCGGCGUGGCCCUCUGCGGAACAGGGGGGCCGCCCUGCCUGGCCUCGACCUCUUCAGCUGGCAAAGGUCGUACACACGGUGACAGAGCAACAGGCUGCACACGACUCCUGGAGCAACCAGAACCAGGAAUCCUCAAGGGCAAAUGAGCCGGGUAUUUUAAGGGAUGUAAGGGUCUCUGUCCUUGCAGAAAGGGAGCGACAGAAUAUUUGGCCCCCAUCGUUCUUGCCUGUGGUGCCCAUAAAGGCAGCUGAAUUUCGCUGCAAU